AUCGCUAUUAUUUUUUAAUGAAAAAAUAUAAUACAGAUGACAUUUUGGUUCUACAUAGUUGUUUUUUGCUGGCUCGUCAUCUAUACUGCAAACGCAAAAGAUGAGUCAAAGAUUUCGUCUCCAAAUUUUGCUGAUGCAAUAAUUGAGAAAUCUAAUUCAUUAAAUCCAAAAGGAGGUUCAAAGUAUGAAAAAAAGAAAGAAAGUUUCAAAGCAAGUGUUGGAAAUGCAAAGGAAAAAAUAAAAGAGUUUGGAAAUAAUGACAAAGUUGCAGAAGGUAUAAGUGGUGUUGGAGAUGGUUUAACUCAGCUUGUUGGUGGCAUAAGUAGUGGAAGUUGGCAAGAUAUGCUUCUUGGUGGCCUCAGUAUUGUUGGGACAUUGGCUAGUUUAGCAGGCCCAAUGGGAGCUGCUCUUUCAACUAUAUUGAGUCUUGUUUCAAUGGUAUUUGGACUUUUUGGGGGAUCUCAAGAAGCAGAAGAAAGUCAAGAAGGAAUGUUAAAACGAGUAAUUGAUGAUGCCCUAACUCGUGCUCGAGCUGAUGAAUUAAAAGCUGAAGCCGAAGGUUUGAAGAAGGCAAUUAGCUCUAUUCGAAAUUCUGUCAAUCAAUUCCGAGAAGAAAAUUCUAUUUCAGAAAAUCAAGCAACUGAGCUUUAUAAUCAGGCUUUUAGGGGUUUAACUUUUUUUGGACUACUGAAGUAUCAAAUUGAUAAAUAUUGUGAUUGUGCUGUUGAAAAUCCAAAUGACGAAGAAAAAGUUAGAAAAGCAAAAGAAAAUUCUGAUCGAUGUUUGGAAUUUCUAAAUCUUUAUGCUGAUUUGUCAAUACUUCGACAACUAUUAAUAGCAGAUAUGGCAAGUCUUGUUGGUUCAGUUGGAUUAAAUGGUACAGCUAUAAAUCUGUUAUCCCUUACAGAAAAAGAAAAGAUAUCAGAUAAAGAUAUCUUAUUUUUUUUGUUGGACCCAAUUAAUAAUAAAGAUCAAAGAUUUUGUAUUGCUCAGUAUUUUGGGGUGCCUGGUAAAUACCCAACUCUCCAAGCUUAUUUGGGUAGCUUGACUCAAGCAUCUACCGGUGAAAUUGUUACAAAACAUGUUGUGAUUUGUUCUCAAAAGCAACUACUAGGUUUGUGUUACAAACUUGAACCAAAGAAUUAUGAUGAGAAAGAUCUACUUGGAUGGGCUAAUGAUAUCAAGUCUAUAUAUGUCUCAGAUGGUCUCGUUGUAUAUGGUUAUAGUUCUGAUCAACGUAAAGGUGCUUCAUAUGGGCCGUUUCCAGGAGCAACUGUAAUUGGACUUACACCUGGUGAUUGGAAAUCUAUUAAAAUUAAUCCACUUACAGAAAUAAAGAAGCGUGUUAGAGUUUGUGAAAAAGAAAGAUUGAGUCAGGAUGGAAGAUGUGAUGAGCUUGCUGUAAAUGAUUAUCCUGAUUUAAAAAUGGUCAGUGGAACUGAUGGAGAUAUAUUGACUAGGGAAUCAAAUAAAUGUAUAUUUCCAUUUACUUUUAACAAUGUGAGAUAUAAUAAAUGCACAAAUAAAGAUGGUAAAGAUUAUUGGUGUGCAACAUCUGUGAACAGUGAUUUGAGUUACAAUAAAUGGGAUUAUUGUGUUUUUCCACAAACUUGGUCAGAGAAAAUUCUUUCCAUAUCAAUUCCUGAAAGUGUUCAAGUUUGGCUUUAUACAGAAGAAAAUUAUAAAGGAACUGCCUAUGGUCCAUUUAUUGGUGCUAACACCAUUGAUAAAGUAUGUGGAGGAGCUAAAACAAAAUCCAUGAAAGUAUCUAACAGUGACAAGAAAUCUUCAGAGAUGGUAAAGAUUUGUCGUGGUGCAUCUUUCUCUCAGAUGUGUGAUUUUAUUGAAACCAAUGCUUACCCGAACCUCGUUAUUCAUGGGUGUUAUUGGCACAACGAGGGAACCAAAAUUAAAAGUAUGCGUGUUCCUGGUGGACUUGCUGUAUAUAUGUGGACCGGUGAAAACUAUAAGGGAAGACCUAUAGGACCUUACUUCGGACCAGUUUCUGUAUCCGUCGUCGAUGGUGGUGAGCCAUCCGAGGAACCAAACGAUAAAUCUCAAAUUAAGUCUUUAAAGAUUGUUCCGUAUAAACCUGUUGCUGUUGAUUCUGUGAAAAGAAAAUUUUCUAAAGGAAAAUCUAAAAAUCAUAAAGAAUAAAGAAUGAGAAAUAAGAUAAAGAAUCAUUAAUAACGAAUCGAACGAGAACAUUGACUAGAACAUAAACGAAUCAAACGAGAACAUUGGAUAUGACAAACGAUGCAUGUCGAAAAAAAUGAUCGAUUAUAAACUUAUUUAAUUAUUUAAUAAAUUUCAAUAAUUUU